AUGUCAUCGCUGAGUCGUCCAGGAUAUAAGACUGCUGGAAACGAUUCGUUUCGUCCUUUCUCGUCGCUUUUCUCCAAUCUUCCCAUCAAGAACGACAGUGCUGAACCACCACUGCCACCAUCUCAAGCCAUCUCAGAAAUGGCGUUCAUCAAUCAGCGCGCUCUCCAUCUCGCAGCUAUCAUCAUGCUCGUUGAUGUGCUGCUCACCAUCACCACCUCUCCCGCCUUUGCCCUCGCAUUGCCCGUGGCCACUCGGGCGUGCUUGGAGAUUGACCCCUUCGUUUUCGGCCACUCUUGCUUUGCUCCGACCCGUCUCCAAGCCCGCCAGGUGAGCCCCUAUGGCGGCUCCGAUGAUCCGCAGUCAAAAGCGGCACGAAAUCACGCCUCGUUAAUCGUCAUCGUCGUGUUCGCUGUCUUUUUGGCUGUUGUCUUAUUCUACCUCGUGUCCAAGAGACUAGGACUGGUGGAGGUAUAUGGUGCGUGGUGCCGAGGCUGGCGAGACAAUCUCCGGCAACUGAAUCCCAUGAACAUUUGGGAUAAAUGGUGCGCGUUCUGGAAAGGCCGCACCUCCCAACGCCGACGCCGCCGGGUGGGCUUUGAACUGCAGCCCUACCCAGGCCCACCACCAAGCGCACCCUAUCAGCGCCUACCCUCUCCUGCCCGUCCUGCCCCCGCCCUGAUACGAAUUGGACGUUUCCAAGAAGGUUGA